UGGUAUCAAUUUAUAAGUUUCCCAUACAAACCUUACAAUCUAAACCAAAGUGUUUGCUAAUCCAAAAAAAAAGAAAAGAGAGAGGAGCAGACUUAGCACCUAGAGUUCUAUUGAACUAUGUCAUCUUCAUGGAUUCAUAUAUAUAGUCCUAGUAGUGUCCAAGAUCAAGAUCAUUUCUCUGGAGGAGAAGGAAAAGUUGAGAAUUGGACGUUGUCAUACCGCGUAGGUAGUAGUAAAAAUGUUCAACUCCUCUUGAAGAAAUCAUAUGACAAAGAUGGUGGUAUGAAGCUCUUACAAUUCCAUUUCAAUGUACCAAAUUUAGCUACAUUUGUUAUAGGUAGAGCUAAAAACAAAGAUCUUCUUAAUCAAAUAGAUGACUUUGGAAAAACUUGCGGAACAAGUUUUUUUAAUGAGAUCACGAAUUGUUGGGGAGGGCUUACGAAAACAAAUGUUAUAUACCAUGGGAGUCAAAAUACAGGGAAUCUAAUUGUAGUGGAGCAGAAGACAAAGAGAGGAUUUGCGAAACCUUUUGUAGUGACAGUGGCACAUUACUAUGCUUAUAUUAAGAAUAGUUUUAUUAGUCCAAAGAAAUAUGAAGUUGGUCUUUCAAUGGAGGUAGAUAUUAAAGUGUUAAAUAAUAAUUUGGAUGUUACAAUAAAAGGCCCUUAUGAGCACCUUUCUUUGGAAUUGCUUCAAAUGUUUAAAGAAGUAUCAAGAACAAAAAUAUGGAUCUGGACCAUGCGCCCAUAUGAAACUCAUAGUAGAUUGUACAAUACUGAUCAUGACGAGUACGAACAAAAGGUUGCGACUGAGACUGAGAAUGAUGACGAAGGGAUUAAGGGAAAUAAUGAGCAGCAAUCUUCAAGAGCAAAAGGGUCAUUUAGUCGAAGGGAUAUUAAUAAUGACGGAACUUUUAACGGUAAUGGUUGCGGAAAUAUGAUCCAGGGAGACUUUAACCAAUUUACUAUAUAUAGAAAAUAAUAAAAUGAAAUAAUUAGCUGCUAAGGGUAGCACAAUAAUGUUUAAGCAUAAUAUAACUAAACACUGCCUAGUGUAUUUGAACUACUUUCUUUGGUUUUUACAGUUUCGUUUCAGUGUAAAUACUAGUUGUAUCCUUUUCUUUGCAUUGUUAAUAAAUAAAGUCUGCUCAUGUGUAAAACCAGUCAUAGAAAUUACACAUGAGCAUACUUUUGCACU